GGCGGGGAAAUGCAGCCCCCGGGCCCUCAGCAGCCGCCGCAGCCGCCGCCGCUCUUCGCGCCCAACAACGGGGACUUCACUUUCGUCUCCUCGGCCGACGCCGAAGAUCCUAGUGGGUCCAUAACAGCUCCAGAUGUUAAGCUAAAUCUUGGAGGAGAAUUCAUCAAAGAAUCGUCUGCAACUACAUUCCUGAGGCAGAGGGGGUAUGGCUGGCUUCUGGAGGUGGAAGAUGAUGACCCAGAAGAUAACAAGCCACUCCUGGAAGAGCUCGACAUUGAUCUGAAGGAUAUUUACUACAAAAUCCGAUGUGUGUUGAUGCCUAUGCCGUCUCUUGGGUUUAAUAGGCAGGUAGUGAGAGACAAUCCAGACUUCUGGGGUCCUCUGGCAGUUGUCCUCUUCUUCUCAAUGAUUUCAUUAUAUGGACAAUUUAAGGUUGUUUCUUGGAUUAUAACUAUCUGGAUAUUUGGAUCCUUGACAAUUUUUUUACUGGCCAGGGUUCUUGGAGGAGAAGUUGCUUAUGGCCAAGUUCUUGGUGUGAUAGGAUAUUCCUUGCUUCCCCUCAUUGUCAUAGCUCCUGUACUUUUGGUGGUUGGAUCAUUUGAAGUGGUUUCUACCUUAAUAAAACUGUUUGGAGUCUUUUGGGCUGCAUACAGCGCUGCAUCUUUACUAGUCGGAGAAGAAUUCAAGACCAAGAAGCCCCUUCUAAUUUAUCCCAUCUUUUUAUUAUACAUUUAUUUCCUGUCCUUAUACACUGGGGUGUGAUCUAGUGAAAGAUGUGGCCAAAACCCAUGUUUUCUUCACUUGCAGACUGAUAAUGUGUAAGAUUAAGGAGGCUGGAAAUAAUACAAGUGACUGUUUUGUAUCCAGUUGUCAAGAUGUUUUAAGAUUGAAGAGCAUAUUUGUGUAUAUUAUUUAAUGAAGUAAUUGUAGCUAUAUAGAUUUGUAUCAAAGUUCUAGGUUUGUUUAAGACUCUUCAGAUUUUAAUGAACAAAAUAAAAGACCUUGUGUUUUAUAUAAAAAAAAAAAAAAAAAGUGUAGCAAAACCACAA